UCGUUUUCAUCCCUCCUGACAUCUCUCUCAUCAUUUCUUCUCCGAACGCUCAGAAACGAGUCCUUUGAGACCGCUUGUCUUGAAAAGCAAAUACGCACGUGGUUUUACUGUCUCGUGCGAUGUUGGCCACAGAUAGAUUUCCUAUCAGCGAGAGCAAAUGGAAUGAAAUGUGCAGGGCUAAUUUGGGCUCUGAUCCACGGCUUGCAACAUGUCGAGGCAAGCAGCAGAAUCAGAGAGCAAAGCUCAAUCAAGAAAUAAACAAACAGAUUAUGAUUCGAAAUGGAGCUGAAAAACUUUACAAAGUUACGACGAACAAGAAGCUCCGAGAGACAGUUGCCUUGGAGUUGAGUUUUGUCAACUCCAAUUUGCAGCUACUCAAGGAGCAGCUCGCAGAUCUGAAUAGUUCCGUCAAUAUUUAUCAGAACAAAAGUACUCCUCAGCUUGUGCCAAUGAUACCCUUAGGACUCAAAGAAACAAAAGAAAUCGAUUUCAGAGAACCGUUCAAGGAUUUUAUACUAGAACAUUACAGUGAAGACAGCAGCAAAUAUGAAAAUGCAAUCAAAGAGUUCAUGGAGAUUCGACAGGCUGUCCGGACUCCUACCAGGGACUACAAUGGCGUAAAGCUCCUGUUUGGCUACUAUAAUUUGCUGUAUUAUAUCGACAGGAGGUUCUUUCCACCACACCGGAAUAUGGGAAUAUUUUUCGAAUGGUUUGAUUCAUUGACUGGAGUGCCAAGCACACAGAAAACAAUAGCUUUCGAAAAAGCAAGCGUUCUCUUUAAUAUAGCUGCUCUCUACACACAAAUAGCUGCCAAGCAAGAUCGGCUGAACAGUUCAGGUGUAGAUGCAGCUGUCGACAAUUUCUUGAGGGCUGCUGGAAUGUUUCGUUACAUCCGAGAUAAUUUUAGCAACGCUCCCAGCAUGGAUCUGUCGUCAGACACGUUAGAUACCCUUAUCCAACUUAUGCUGGCUCAGGCAAGAGAAUGUCUUUUUGAAAAACUAGUGCCUGGUGUUGAAAAGCUAGGCCUCCAGACAUGUUUGGAAGUUGCUCAAGAAGCACAAGAGGUCUCAUCUGUGUACAAUAUAGUCCACAAAGUCAUGAGCAAUAGUUCUGUGAAAGAUUACGUACCGUAUUCAUGGAUCAGCCUCCUCUUGGUCAAAUCUGAACAUUAUAAAGCUUUGGCUCAUUAUUAUGCUGCUGUUGGCUUGCUAGAACAUAAUGGUGAAAUCAAUAAAGAAACCGAAGCUUACUUAGAAUUCGUACACGAUAUUAAUGCUAAUAAUAGCUCCACAUACAUUGAGAUCAAAGUGCCCAAAAAUGCCGAAGAAAGGCGACAACUUGGCAAAGCUCAUUUGCGUGAGUCAUUGCUGCUACACGAAGAAGCUCUGCGAUUGCAUCGGAUGUGCCGGCAACUGCGACAGAUCGACAACCUUCAGGAGCGUCUACGGACAGCACACGACGCUUCUCUGGACAGGUAUGCCAGAUAUGAACAAGAGGACGACUUUCAGGAAAUUCUCGAUGCCCCUCCCAUACAGGCUGCUACGAAAUAUCAGUUGACUCUAAUGACACCUGAAUUCUGCGAACACAAUGUAAAAGAUCUUUUCCGAGAUUUGGGUCCCUUGAAAGUAUUCAAUUCUCGGCGUCAGUGGACUGCUGCGAGAUCAAUACAGCUGAGCAAGGAGACAGACGGAAAUUUUGGUUUCAGCGUCCGUGGAGAUGCUCCUGUCAUUGUAGCUGCAGUGGAUGCGAGAAGUUUGGCUCAGGAAGCAGGCAUGAAAGAAGGUGAUUUCAUAGUCCGUAUUGGUGAAAAAGAUGUUAAAUGGCAGGGGCACGAAGAAGUUGUCCAACUGAUUCGUGAAUCCGGAAAUAAACUGACACUCAAAGUGGUUACUCCUAUUGACCACGAUUAUCUGCAUCCAAAGAGCCAUAACACGUCUUCGUCAGCAAGUAGUCCAGUUUCCAAUGCCUCAACCCUGAGCUCUUCAGACUUGAAUCGAAUUCAUAUGCGGUCUACUUCAAAUCCUUUUGCAAAAGACAAACGCCGCCGGGCCACCUGGAACUUCUUCCGUCGCAGCCAUUCAAAAGACAGGCAGUUCGGGACAUUAGGCAAAGACGAUAAUGUGGUUUUCAGAUAAAAACAUUAAAAUGUAAAAUUCUUCUAUACUUUUAUUAUUAGCGAUUGAUUUACGAAUACUUAUGGAAUAAUAGAAAGAAAAAAAUAAGGACUUCAAUACAUCACUGGGAAGUAAUUUUAGUGCGCCAUGAAUUAAAUUAAAUUGGAAUUUUCGUAAAAACUGAAAAUUGGUAAGAUCUGUAAAAAAUUCAGAUAAGAUACAUUUUCCUUUCUAUUUUAUACAAUAGUGCAUAGUAUUAUCUGAUAAAUAUGAUACUCUGCGAAUGUUUUAAUAUAUAAUUGCAACGAUUUCUACAGAAUUGUCUUAUUUGAACAACCAGUCAAAGUGUAUGCAUAGAAAUAUUCAUGACUCAGUAAUCAUUGUUGUAGAUACGUCAAAACUACUUGAUUUUACAUACUUCUAAUACUUGCAUAUUGAUGGUAAGAAAUUUUAGGAAAUGUAAUACUUAAAAAUCAGAAUACUUCAUUAAGAAUAAGUGUGGUGCUUUGAAACAUAACAUAUUAUAUCAUGUAAUUACUUUGAAUGGUAUGAAUUGAAUAAAAUGUAUAAUAUGAUUACAUUCUAUCUGGUCAUUUCAGCUAGUAGCGUGUACAUAGAAUUGUUUAUCUGCAGCAUCUAGAAAGCCAAAUGUAAAGAAAGUGCGAUAUUUGUAUAUUUUAAAGUUUGAAAAUUUAAAAUAAAAGUAAAAUAUAUCAUGACUAUGUAUAUUUUUUUAGAUACAUAUAUGUUCAUCUUCAGUUUUUGGAAAUGCUGUAUAAAUGUGUUGCAAAAUUGUAUCUAAGAUUUUGUGAAAAUUUGAAAAUAAAUUUUUUCUUUUGAAA